AUGGACGAAAAGGGAUGUCGUCUAACACUACACCACCAACAGAAGGUUUUUGCAGCAAAAGGAACCAAGAGAGUGCACUUUGUCAGUCAAGAACAUGCAGAAAAUGUCACAGUCGCUAUGUGUGUAAGUGCAACGGGCAACACUGUGCCACCUAUGAUUCUAUUUAAGGGCAAAAGGUUGAGACCAGAAUUUUGUGACAAUUUACCACCUGGUAGUUUAGUCAAAAUGGCUCCAAGGGGCAGUAUGACGACCGAACUUUUUGUUGAUUUCAUACACCACUUAGGGCAGAAUAAAUCUCCAGGAAAAUGCCUACUAAUUUUUGAUGGGGCCUCCUCACAUUUAGACGCAAGAAUCGUUGACGCAGCUGAUGCCCAUGAUAUUGUACUCUAUUGCUUGCCUUCAAAUACGACUCAUGAGCUUCAACCGCUAGACAAAUCGGUUAAUAAGUCGUUCGAACAUUUUUGGGAUGAGGAGGUUUUGUUGUAUGCAUAUCAGCAUCCAGAACGUAAAUUAACUAAAGUUCGUUUUACGAAAAAUUUUACAAAAGUUUGGUCUAAGUGCAUGACCAAGGACAAUAUAAACAGUGGGUUUAGAGCUACCGGCCUCUUGCCGUACGAACCCAGCGCAAUUCCUGAAGAAUCGUAUGCACCUUCAGUACUUACACUAAUGCCCGAUCCACAGAUGGCAAGUUCCUCAAGAAUGCCUGAUUCAGUUUCUAAUUCAUCACCUUCAAGAGAUUCUAUUCCCGGAAGUCCUGUUAUGUACACAAGAUGCGACAAUCAUUCGGAUGAAAAUUUUUCAAAUCGUGAGGAAGAGGACAGGAAUUUAUCACCAUCAAUUUUAAUUCACGAUUAA